ACUGGUCUCAAGGCGUUCGCGUCGACGUAUCUAUCUUUCGGACUUUGAGCUCAUCCGAUAUAACAUAUUUACCACUGUCGCGUGCCUCAUGUUCUUUGCAAUAUCUCCAACCCCAUACUAAACCGCGCCAUUUCUAGAGACUCUCAAAAUGUUGAACGCAAAGAAACUUAGCGAACUUUUGGCGAAGAAUGUGGAUCCGAAACUAUAUCCACGCAUGUUUGUAAUGUCACCCAAUGGAACUCUUCUAGCGUAUUCUGUGCCGGUCGACAUCAAGGACUUGAGAGACCAGGCAGCCCUCAUCUCGAUGGCUUGGAAGGAGCAUGAAGAAGCCAUCGCCUCCAAACUUUCUCAUGAUCAGGCCAGUCUGGACUCGGAUAUCGCACAAUCCAGCAGCUCUUUGUCCAAGUCAACUUUGGAAACUCUGACCAUCGAGUUCGAAGCUAACAACCUCAUCGUUCGAGCUCUCCAGCCCAAGCUACUCCUGGUUCUUGUGGGAGGAGUCCCACCGGGACGAAACGCGUCUUUCAAGAUCACCCCGGAAGUCCAUGGCGAUCCUCGAUAUCCUCAUUCUGAAGCUCCUAGCAGCAAGGAAGGGUCCUUGAAAACCGCUGGAAUCCACCCCAAGGCAGUUUCGGAUAUUGCUCAAGAAGAGGGAUUCACCAUCAUCGAAGGUGCUACCUCCCCGAAACCAUCGGUUCUAUCCAUAGCCGACAGCCACAUGAGCCAGCGGGAUAGAGAUCUCCAAGGUGGAGCUCUGCAUAUUCAGCGCAAGAAGAUUGACGCCAUGACGGAUUACAUCCGCCGCGAUUUCGACUCGAAGGGUUUCGUCAUGCCGGAUGAUUCCAUGUUCCCUUGAAGGGCGGCUGUAUGCUGGCCGCUAGGUGCCUGAGGGAUGAGGGCCUUCCCUUUAGUCAACUUCUCUGGAGUUUCCUUCGUCCUGCGUUAAGCGGCAUUGUCGGAUCAUUGGUCUUCUUGCAUUGGGUAAUAGGACUCUCUCUGUGUAUCAAAGGUUGCUUGUCUCCAUGUUCAGUCUCUAAGAUUCCCUAAUGCUUUGGUCCUCCUGUUCCUUUUCAAUGUACACCCUCAAUCGGAGUUAAGUUGGACCCCUAAUACAAUCAAUGGUCAUUGUCACUGUGCCCUG